AUGAAUAAGCCCAUCAAAUACACGACGCUACCAUCACAACUCAUCGGCCCACAUGAUAUGAGGGCAUCAGCAACCUUCACUUCGACCUGCGCCCAUGGACCGAUGGACUUUGCACCUCGCAGCGGCAUGGUGAAAGGGUCGCUCGCGGGAUUAUCAUCAAAUUUUCUCUCCAUCUUUUUAGUUCCCUUCUCAUCGGAGAAGGUUACCGUGGCCGUGGCCGUUGAGUUGAACUUGGAAUCUGGUGUACUGCCAUAUUUCUCGUCGCACGCCAAUCGCAUGAUCAAAGAGGGCUUUGACAUCUUCCAAAUGCCAUCUGGGAUCAUAGUUUCGGUCUUGUCCUUGACCUGCACAGAGAUUGGGUCAUUGUCCUCGUUGUAG